CGUCGGAAGUAGAUUCGUCCAUCAACCUCUGACCUUAGUGUAGCUACUUGGAAGUAUGCACGUACGCACCAACUUGAUGUCUAAAAUAGCUUUACAAAACCAUUGAUCCGGCGUCGUAAGUAAAACUUUGGGUUUAUCACGCAUAUACAAGUGUUUCUUUACAGUAAGAAAUGCUGUCUAUGUUAGGCUAAUGUGAGGUGUACAUCACCGUGGUCCUAUAUGUGGUCAAGGUUUCAGGUUGCUGUUGUUUGUAUACCUUGAACUUCGACCUUCUCGGGGUGGGAGGGACAGAAAGUGUGCCGUUACAACUCUGCAGAAAAACAUGGCGUUUGCCAGGUCCAUCGUCCGUGCCGUCGGGAACCUUAAAAAUCAGUACUUCAACGUGCACCGACACCAGCUACUGAAGAAGGAAGCUGGCAAGAUCGCGGCCGUUUUCAGUGCAGAUGUGCAAAAGCCACAGGUUCUGCUUUUUGACUCGUUCCAAAGCGCCCUCCGCCUCGACAUCCCCAGAUAUUCCUCCCUCAACGCCGUGUUCUUCACCAGAGUCGGCCAGGAGGAUUUCUUCGCCGCAUGUCGACAGAAGAAGAAGAAGAAAAGCAUCGGGAGCGUGUCUGAAGAAGUGGGACAUGACGUUUCCUUCUGCACUAGUGGCAAAUUUCUCUCCACAAAACUUAAGGACGGCAGUCCUGUGUGUGAGAUACAGGUCCCAGACCUGUACUAUGACUCGGGUGCAGACGACCCCUCCAUCCACACGGACCUGAUUCAGGACCACCUGAACGAUUUCCUCCUCACCACCACUACCAUCAACGGGGAGGAGGAGCCCUGUGUUCUGGCUCAGAUGGAAAUCGACCACUUCACCCCUGAUGAGGUGUACGAGGUGGAUCUGGAUGAUGAUUGGUCGGCUGUGGGCAACAGCGUGGCACGACACUACGACCAGUUCAUCUCAGUUCGCAAGAACACGUUCCUUUUCUCCAGGGAAGAGCUUGUGCCCUGUGAGAGCCACCUGGUGACAUUCCGCGUGCACUGCAGCGGCCUGCACCCCCACGAGGAACCCAUCGUGACAGGUGAUCUCAUCCCCCUGGGGAAGAGGGACCCUCUGCAGGGGCUGAGGAUGGAGCAUCAGCAGGCAGAAGUUUGGCUGGGAUCCUGCUACCUUCCCAAGAACAUGAACUUCACCUGGAGGAUGGCUGUGAUGAACACACAAUCCAACAGCAUCGUCCAUGAAGAGGAAUUCGGUCGAUCUGGAAAUGCUGCUAACGACUUUUUCUCUGUCGGAUACAAUGAUAAAGGCUGGAAAGGAGUCUAGCUCGUUGCUUUGCAGCUUUUACAAGUCUUGCUAACAUGUAUUUGCAACAUGCAGGACUGUUUGUGUAACUAAUGUGCCCAGAUUGAGAUUUUGUAAUGAGUUGGAUAUUUGUGGAGCAGCUCUUAGCAC